CACUCCUUCUUCCUCACCAUCAAAUCCCCAUUUCUCUGUUUCUUUCUAGUUAGGAGAGUGAAAUUGGGAAAAAAAAUUGGAAAAUGGGUUUUUUGAGUGUGGUUUGCAUUUCCUUUCUUGUCUUAGUGCUGUCACUGUCAGUGGAAGGUAGAAUCCCGGGGGUUUAUUCCGGCGGUUCUUGGGAGAACGCUCAUGCGACGUUUUAUGGUGGCAGUGACGCUUCCGGCACUAUGGGUGGGGCGUGUGGGUAUGGGAACCUGUACAGCCAAGGUUACGGGGUGAACAAUGGGGCUUUGAGCACGGCGCUAUUCAACAAUGGGCUCAGCUGUGGAGCCUGCUUUGAGAUCAAGUGUGAUAAGGACAAGUCGUGCUAUCCCGGCAGCCCGUCUAUCUUCAUUACGGCCACUAAUUUCUGUCCUCCCAACUACGCUUUGCCUAACGACAAUGGCGGUUGGUGUAACCCUCCCCGCUCGCAUUUUGAUCUCGCCAUGCCUAUGUUCCUCAAGAUCGCCGAGUACCGCGCCGGAAUUGUCCCCGUCGUUUACCGCCGAGUGCCCUGCAAAAAGAAAGGCGGGAUCCGGUUCACAAUCAACGGCCACCGCUACUUCAACCUGAUUCUGAUCACGAACGUGGGCGGAGCAGGGGACAUCGUGAGGGCGAGCGUGAAGGGCUCGAAAACCGGGUGGAUGGAUUUGAGCCGGAACUGGGGACAAAACUGGCAAACAAACGCCGAAUUGAUGGGUCAAUCGCUCUCCUUCCGCGUACGAGGCAGCGACCGCCGCUCCUCCACUUCCUGGAACAUCGCCCCCUCCAACUGGCAAUUCGGCCAAACCUUCAUCGGAAAGAACUUCCGAGUCUGAAUUAAGGAAGGGGAACUAGCAAUAAUAUUCCAGAUUUCCCGCCUUUUGCAGAUCUAAAAUAUUCGGUACAACAACAAGAAGUAGCCAGACCUUUUGGCCUCGUUUACGUCUUCUUCUUCUACUUCGUGUCGUGGUUCAGUGGGCAUUGGGGAGUGUGAAAGCUGAAAAAUUGCUUGGUCGGAUGGUAACUUUUAGACCAUUUUAUUAAGGUGUGUGUGUUGGGAUUUGUUCUCAAGUGUAUUUAGACCCAACAGAGCAGCUGAAGUGACUGCACAAGAAUGUAGCCCGCAGCUGUUCGUAUUUACAAGUAGUCAAGUAGUACAAUUAUAUGAAUUAUAUAUAUAUGACUGUGUUUCAGUGGCAGUAGCAAUCUAUGGUGUUUACUAAUGUUUACAUCUUUAAAGUAGUAUAACAUGGGUAAAUGUUUGUUUGAUUUGUUUACCAAGCAA